AUGAAAGUGCCAACGCAAAAUUGCGCUCAUUCACAAGUUGAAUUAAAAGUUAGUUGUAAAGAUUUAGUAGACUUGGAUAUUCUUUCAAAAAGCGAUCCACAGAUUUUAUUAUCAAUAAAAGAUCCUAAAACACGGGAAUGGAAGUCACCACGUAAAACUGAAGUCAUAGAGAAUGAUUUAAAUCCAGAAUUUGUAACUGGGUUUAUUGUUGAUUAUGCAUUUGAAGAAUUACAAGAACUUAGGCAAUUAGAAAAAUUUAUAUGUGUAGAUAUUGAUGAACCAAAAGAUAUGGAUUGGAGACAUCAAGACCUUAUUGGCGAAUUUGAGUGUGAUUUAGGAUCAAUUGUUGCCAGUGAAGGGGGAAAGAUGGAUGGAAUUUUGACUUUGCCUGAUCAUCCUGGCAAAAAACGUGGUCUCAUAACUAUUUUAGCUGAAGAAGUUAGUAAAUCUAAAAGAAAUCUACAAUUACAGUUCCAAGCACGUAAGAUAGUUAACAAGGGUAGAUUUUUUAGAGCAAAAGCAGCUACAUUUUUGGUUAUUAGUAGAAAAAAUGAGAGUAAUAAUAUAUUCACACCAGUUAAUAGAUCAGAAGUAGUUUCUUCUUCUAGCCCAUGCUGGCAAGAAUUUUACAUAAGAGAAUCCACUUUAUGUAAUGGCGAUUAUGAUAGAGAAUUACAAUUACAAGUCAAACAACAUAAAAGGAAUGGAGAACAUAUACCUCUUGGAGAAUGUUCUGUUACACUUCGAGAUAUUAUGGAAAAUAAAAAGCCAUUUCCAUUGAAGCUUCAACCUGGCUCACAAAGGAAAGUUUCAAAAGAUGCAAACAUAACAAUUGUUAAAGCUUUGGUACAAGAACCUCCGAGUUUUUUGGAUUAUAUUGCAGGUGGCACAGAAAUUCGUCUUAUGGUAGCAAUUGAUUUUACUGGAUCAAAUGGUGAUCCCAGAAAUCCAAAAAGUUUACAUUAUAGUGCUGGAGGAGAAAAUGAUUAUCAACGAGCAAUCAAAAGCGUUUAUGGAUUCGGCGCAAAAUUUAAUGGAAUAUUGUCUCAUGUUCAUCCUCUUAAUAAUAAUCAUCAAAAUCCAGAAGUUAAAGGUGUAGAAGGCAUAUUGUCAGUGUAUUCACAAACAAUAAAUACUGUUGAAUUAUAUGGACCAACCAAUUUUUCUCCAGUACAUGGUGUAAUAACAGAUAUGGAUUUAACAGUUCGUGCUAUAGUUAAAGCAAGUUCUCUUCCACUUUCAAUUGUUAUUGUUGGUGUUGGUAAUGCAAAUUUCGCACAUAUGACUAGGCUUGAUGGUGAUGAUGAUAAUCCAUUAUCUGCGAAAUCUGAUAAUAAAUCAUUACCUAAAACAACGGGAAGAGACAUAGUACAAUUUAUAGCCAUGAGAGAUUAUCAAGCAGAAGCAGCUGGAUAUUCAUUACCAAAAGCAGUACUAGAAGAAAUACCAGAUCAAUUCAUGGACUACAUGAAUAAAAACAAGAUUUAUCCAAAAAAGAGAGCCAUAGACAAAAUACGAGUUAAUCCAAGGUUUUUUAAAUAA